AUGUCGCCGCUUCACACGGAUCUAUCUAUCUAUCUAUCUAUAUGUCUGUCUGUCUAUCUAUCUCAGUCUGGUAUAUCUAUCUACAUAUAUAUGUAUAUAAAUAUCGCAGUCUGUUCAUAUCUAUCUAUCGCAAUCUGUUCAUAUUUAUCUAGCUAUCUAAAUAGCUAUAUAGCUAUCUACCUCAGUCUGUUCAUACCUAUCUAUCUAUCUAUCUAUCUAUCUCAGUCUGGUAUAUUUAUCUAUCUAUCUAUCUAUAUAUAUAUAUAUAUAUCGCAGUAUGUUCAUAUCUAUCUAUCGCAAUCUGUUCAUAUCUAUCUAUCUAGCUAUAUAGCUAUAUAUCUCAGUCUGUUCAUAUCUAUCUAUCUAUCUAAUCUCUUCAUAUCUAUCUAUCUAUCUAUCUAUCUAUCUAUCUAUCUCAGUCUGUUCAUAUCUGUCUGUCUAUCUAUUUAUCUAUCUCAGGCUGUUCAUAUUUAUCUAUUUAUCUAUCUAUCUGUUGUGUUUCAACACUAUCUAUCUAUCUAUCUAUCUAUCUAUCUCAAUAUGUUAAUAUCUAUCUGUCUAUCUCAGUUUGUUCAUAUCUAUCUAUCUAUCUAUCUAUCUAUCUAUCUCAAUAUGUUCAUAUCUAUCUGUCUAUCUCAGUUUGUUCAUAUCUAUCUAUCUAUCUAUCUAUCUAUCUCAAUAUGUUCAUAUCUGUCUAUCUCAUACAACAGCCGUAGUUCUUUCUCUUGUCUUCUCUUUCCUCUACAUUCUUUCUCUCUCUACUUUUCUUUCUCCGCCCAUAUUUUUUAUCAUACUUUUUUACGUUUCUCUCUCUCUCUUCCAUUCUUUGUCUCUAUUUUCCUCUCCGAUUCUUUCUUUCUUUCUUUCUUUCUUUCUUUCUCCUUCCUCUCUCACUUUUUCAUUCGUUAUCUUCUUCGUUCGAUCCCCUCUUUUUGUAUCUACUUGACUUUUUUUUUCUUUUUAACUAUAUUUCAAUUUCUCGGUUUCUCUCGGACAUUUUUAUUUGCUCACUUUCAUUCUUCUUCCUUUUUUCCCACCCUUUCUAUCUCUUUUUGUAUGUCCUUUCUUUUUAUUUAUUUUCCUUCUUUUUUCUAUCACUACGUUUCUCAUCAUUUUCUCUUUCUCUUUGUUUGUAUUUCUCAUUUCCUUAACUUUUCUCAAUUUUAUAUUCUCAGUUUUUUCUUUUGCUUUCUUUCGCUUUUUCAUUCUUUCUUUCUUUCUUUUCUUCUUUUCUUUUCUUCUAUCUAUCUAUCUAUCUAUCUCACUUUUCUUUCCGUUAUCUUCCCUUUUCGCUCUUUUUACUCACUUUUCUUUUCCUUCUCUUCUCGUUUUAUCUUUCGCACUCUCUCUUCCAUACAUUUCUACCAUUCUUAUUCUCUCUAUCCUACUCUCUGUCUCUUUUUCGUUCUCUUCCUCUAUCUAUCGUGA